AUGCGAUCUGUAGAGAAAGAGAAACUCGAGCGUGAUCUGGAGACACUCAAGAAGCAGGCCAAACAACAGGCAGAGCAGUACGAACGCACAUUGGAUGAGAACCAGGCCCUGCAGGAGAAAGCAGAGGGCAUCCGCUCGAAGAGGGAUGACUAA